AUGCGUCAUACCGCUGCAGGUCUCGGUACCGCAAACAUUGGCCUCGGCCCCGUCCUCCUCGACUUCAAGGACUGGGUCAAGGCCGGUCAAUCUGGCGGCCACGCCGCCAGCACCGUCGUCGCAAGUGGGAACAGGCACGAGUCGCACCAUUACUCGGAACCCCACCAGCAACCCCGCGACGCACACGCCCACGCUCACUCCCACGAACACCCACCACUCCAACCACGCCACUCGUAUAGCUCCACCUUCUCCAGCAGUAACCUCUCUGCAGAAGCAGACUAUGGAGGCGCAAGUGCGCGCGAGUCGUACUCGUCGUAUGGUGGAGGAUCAUCCGAGUACACUUCCUCAUCACCGCAUGCGCCCUAUCGCUCCUCUCCCAUUCCCAGGACAAUCCCCACGCACUCUCUACCUUCCUCCAACUCUAGAGCAUCCAUCUCGUCUCUCAGCAUAGACUCGUCCCACAGCCCAAAAAUCCUUGGCAACAACGUGUCGCGGCUCCCCGACAGGCCACCACAGUCCCCAGACACCCCGAUGAGGCCAACCGCGGGCGCAACCCCAAGGAACACGUCCUACGAGUUCCAGCGCGAGCUGAGCCGUCUCAGUCUGCAGAGCGGCCGCGUGUCGCGCAGUUCUCUCAACCCCAGCAUCCACCAGUCACCGCUCGGCUCUCCAGCGCUUCUGCCUGAAGUCGAGUCGCCCCUGGGCGCUGACCGCGCGCGCCGCCAAUCCGUCCCUACUCAGAGCCCACUCGAGCGGAGGUUCUCGAGGCGCUUGAUGUCUCGCCACGACAGUCAGAGCAGCAACCUCGUGAGCGACCGAGGGGAACAAGAGGCCAUCGAGGAGAUCAGCCCGGUGCGGGAACCGCUCGACGAGCGAAUACGCGAAGCAGAGGAGCGACUGGCACGUAGGGCCUCGCUACGGGACUCUCCCCACAAGCCAGCGUCUACACCACAUCGCGGAAGGUUUAACACGACCUCGGCUGGGCUGCGCAACACGGUGUCGCCACCGCUAUCAAACGGCCACGGCACCCCUCAAGACCAGUCGGGUGCUGUUGCAUUACAGAACGGCUCAUCUUCACGGUCAUCACGAAUCCGUCCGUCGAUCCCAGCAGAGUUUCAGCAAAAUGAACGCUCGCCGUUCACAACACCUCCGGCCGAUGGUCGAUUUGCAGGGUUGGUUGACAUUGGGUCGCCAAGGUCGCCCUUACCUUACCAUCAGGAGGAGCGCGAGGAGAUUGUGUCCCCUCGUCGCAGCACCAUGGCGGCGUACCACCGCCCGCUGACAUCUCUCGACCACAGAGAUGGGCCAAACCCCUUCAACCCUCACCGCAGUCGGAUGUCCUUGUCGCGGACGUACUCACGCGACCUCGACCUUGCGUCUUUGACGCCCGGUGGUCGGCGCGAGCUGCCGGCCCGCGCGCGCCCUGAGAGUGUUCUUGAAACGUCAGCGGACCACCAGAGGUACAACUCGCACGGUCACGGAUUGGGCUCUGCCCGCCGCCAGAGCCAGUAUGGCGACGAGCGCUCCCAGCGGCUCAGCGCGUUGCUGAGCAGCGACAGAGACUACAGCACGCGUCACUCUCGUGACCUCGGAGCCCAGUUUGGGCAGCGCCGUGACUCGACCUAUUCCCGCGAUUCGGUCCAUUCGCAGCGCGACAGCAUCUACUCGCAGCGCGACUCGCGCCACUCGCACUCGCUGUCGCAACGUGACUCAUUGUCUGGGCAACGAGACUCAUUCUACUCGCAGCGAGGGUCGCGUGACUUUGCGCGCGAGUCGCUCCGCUUGGGAGACUUUGGGCCUCGGACGCACACGCGUCAGGAGUCGCGCGAGGUACUGGGCCCGACCAACCGCGACUCGAGGGAGUUUCCACGCGACUCGCGCGACUUCUCAAACCGCGCCCCCUUAGCGCCGAGCGACUCCGUGUCUGCUGUUGGCUCGCGUGGUGAGCACAGCGCGCCACGGGUGGAGAGCCGUGCCUCGGUCGAGACACCUCCCCGCAAGGACCCACUCGAGAUUAUACGCAAACUUGAGGAGACGCGGUCGAAAUCGAACCGUCAGUGGGAGGAGGACCGCUCCGCAUCUGCGAUGAGCAAGUACGGCGAGCGCGAGAUGCUAGCGCGUGUCCCGUCUCGACUCGACGACCCGCCGGUGUCGGCGCGACCUGGAUCGCGGAUGAGCGCAUCGCGCUUAGGACCACGGCCUGCGUCGGCGAUGUCCUCUAUGCGCGACUCAACACACAGCGGACCCACCGCACCACGUACGGCACCGAACCUCCGUCGGCGCUUAGACUCUGGCGCGUCAUCCAACAACCUCGAGAGUCCGCUUGUGGGUCGAACGAGCAGGGCAUCUGGAUCGAUGUGUGGGCCCAACACCGAGCCUCGCGUCGUGCGCCACAGCAUGACCAGCCAAGGAGGCCGAAUCUCUGCAGGGGGCCGAUCAGGCGCAAGCAGCGACCAAGCAUCGACAGACCACGGCCGCAAUCUUGUCGACGCCGCGCGUGUGCUUGAGCAGCGUGGCGAGAUUCCGGCCGACGUGCUCGCCAAGCUGUCAGCAGCGGCGUCAUUAGCGGAGAGAGCCAAUGGAGGUGUGCGCGCCGCUAGCCAGAUGGCGACCGAACUCGCACUCGAGAUCGAGCUGGACGAGCCAGAUCACAUUGACAGUGUUCGCAAGCGGUUCCCUCGGCUGGCGGUAACGCUCAAGGAGGCGAACCGCGCUUCAGACCAGGCGGUACGCGACCUUACCGAGGCGCUGCUGGCCGCCCGUGGGGCGACGACGACGGCCACAACGACGCCUGCACGUUUGGGCACGAGGAUGGAGACGGGUCGCCCACCACUCGAGGCAACACACCGCCGUGCCAUGACGUUAGACUCGCCUGCACCGGUCUUGCACUCGCGGCACAGCCCCUCGUUGUCGCACGCGGCGGUCAUGUCAUCGCCCCUCAUGCAGAACAGCCGGCCGCAUCAAUCGUCGGAGCGGUCAGAACCUUGGACUCCCCAGUCAGCAUCUAACAGGCUGGACCCACCGUUGUCGAGCACGUCCUCGCGGUUCGAGGCGCGCUACUUGGACCCAAUCGAGCAGAGCCCCCCAAAGUCUACCCGAGAGAACUCCAAGCAGAACUUGCCGGCAAUUGGGUUAGGCAUCUCCACGCCGUCCCCGCACUCUCCGACGUGGGAGGAUCGCCCGCCGACGCCUGAGCCACAUGUCCCACACAUGCUCCGCAAGCAAGCGAGCACGCUCAGCACUCACACUGUCCGUGGCAACUCGUUUCUCCCGUCGCACCCGCCCGAGGCAACGACAGCGCUGAGCAAUUCGCCGGCGUACAGUACAACGGCAGGCCAGCUCCCGCAGCACCCCGAGGUCGAUAACGGAGACGCUCCUACGCAAGACAAGGAGCGUCGUCCCAGCCUGCGCCUCAAGGAGCUGCCGCAGCGCAAUAGCGUUGUGAGUAUUGCGAGCGUCUACUCGAACCCCGAGGAACCCAACAUGGAGAAUGGUAGCGACAUUGCGCGCAUGGGCACAUUUGGGGCUGUGCAGGGCGCGCAGAUCCGUGCCAGCGUGAGCGAGCGUUUUCGCAAGCAUCUGAACGGGGAGUAA